UUACCCGUCUCCAAGUGUAGAGCUGUUUAUUCCUGCAAUUGAACAGCAAUCAGCCUAAUCUGCAGGACUUAACACAGUGUGAAAUCUGAUCAGGUUAAAAAUAAGUGUUUGGAGAGGAGAAAUCUGCUAAUCUGUAAAUCCACAGAGAUGAAUAAGAACAUUACACACACAGAAGACUCCAGUAGCCAUCCCACUGUUAGCACCCUUUCCACUGGGACCAGUCAAGAAAGAAAACUCGAAGAUCUUUUCCAGUGCUCAUCAUGUGGAAAGAGUUUUACUCACUCGAGCAGUUUACAAAGACACCAGCGCAUUCACACGGGAGAGAAACCGUUCAUCUGCUCGCAGUGUGGGAGAAGGUUUAGGCAAAACUGCGAUCUCCAAAGGCACCAACACAUCCAUACAGCGGAGAAGCCGUAUCAGUGUUUAGCGUGUGGGAGGAGCUUCGUUCACAGAAGUCGUCACCAGCAACAUCUGUGCAUUCACACAGGAGAGAAACCGUUUCAGUGCUCGGAAUGUGGUAAGAGUUUUAGUCUGAGACGUCACCUCCAGCAGCACCUGCGCAUUCAUACUGGAGAGAAGCCGUUUCAAUGCUCGGAGUGUGAAAAGAGUUUUAUUCAACUGAGCUUUUUACGUGAACAUCAACGAACUCACACAGGAGAGAAACCAUUUGUCUGCUCCCAGUGUGGGAAAAGUUUUACCGUGAUGCGUACUCUCCAAUCACACCAGCGCAUUCACACUGGCGAGAAACCAUAUCACUGUGCCCAUUGCGGGAAGAACUUCUCUCAGUCUGCUCAUCUCCAAACCCACCAGCGCAUCCAUACAGGAGAGAAACCGUAUCAGUGCGCACACUGUGGAAAGAGCUUUAGUCAGGUAAGUCAUCACCAGCAACACCAGCGCAUCCACAUGGGAGAGAAGCUGUAUCACUGCUCGCAGUGCGGAAAGAGUUUCAUUAAACUAAGCUUUUUACGUGAACACCAAGAAGUUCACGCAGGAGAGAAGCCGUUUAUCUGCUUACAGUGCGGCAAAAGUUUCACUGCGAUGCACAGUCUCAAAUCACACCAGCGCAUUCACACUGGAGAGAAGCCGUUUUCCUGUUCGCAGUGUGGGAAGAGUUUCACUCAGGCUUGUAACCUUCAAACCCACCAGCGCACACACACGGGAGAGAAGCCGUAUCAGUGUCCCCAGUGUGGACGGAGCUUUGCUCAGUUAAGUUCUCUCAAAAAGCACCAGCGCAUUCACACUGGAGAGAAGCCCUAGCACUGUUUGUGGAGUGGAAAGAGCUUUGCUUGGUCUCGUACCAGUGUGUUCGUACAGAAUAGAAGAGUAAUUUGGAAUGACAUUAAUGAAUUUACACCUCAACAAUAAUGGCUAAGUUCUGGACCAAGAUUUACACUCAUUAAGGCAUUCCCUGAUUGUGGACCAUUUCAGACCUUUUGGUGUUGCAGAGCUCACAGUCCCCUUUUUCUAUUUGUCUAUGAUUUCCACAAAAUUUUUGACUUGCGUCUCUUUGUUCUGCACAUCGAGAAUUGCCAUGACCAGCGACCAUGUAAGAGUUAACACUGGGAAUCAACUCCAGACCUUUUCUCUUUUUACCUUGUCAUGAAAGAGCCCACAACCUGCCAUCAAACUGCUCGAUUGUCCAAUUACUUUUGAGCCUGUGAAAAGAGCUGUACUUUAUAAAAAUUUCUAAUAAUUUGUUCAAAUGCUAAAUAUUAAUGUCAUCAUGUGUGCUUUAUUUUAAAUUCAUUAUAAUGGUGUACAGAGGAGAAAACUAAUACACACUCUCGAAUUGUACUAAUACAUAAUGUUCCUGUACAUUAAAACACUAUACCUUGA